GUCCUCGAUAACCUUAUUUUUCCUUACAUCUCUCAAAUAUCGCAGAAAUGGAGAUCGACAAAGUCCCCGUUCCCGAGCAGGAUAACGCCCUUACUCCUUUGACGUUGAGCAAGUACCGUACCGCCGCUUCGUUCGCGAAUACCGUUGCGAAGGCCGUUUUGUCGCGAUGUGUCGUUGGAGCGAACGUCGCGGAGCUGUGUGCAUUCGGUGAUUCCAUGAUUCAGGAGCUCACCGGCAAUGUCUACAAAAAGUCAACCUACGAGAAAGGUAUCGCAGAACCCACUCAAAUCAACGUAAACAACUGCGUAAAAGGCUACACACCCUACGAUUCUUCCUCCGCCUAUACCCUCCAACCCUCCGACCUCGUCAAGAUCACCCUCGGUGUUCAGAUCGACGGAUACGCCGCCAUCUCCACCCAACAAACCAUCCUCGCACCUAACCCUCAAGAGCCCUCGACCGGUGCACAUGCCAACGUGAUCUGUGCUCAGCACUUUGCUGUGGAGGCCGUGAUGAGACUCCUUGGCACCUGCGCACCACAAACACCCGUCACGCCAUACAAGAUCAGAACAGUGGUCGAGGACAUCGCAAAACGCUUCCGCGUCCAAAUCUGCGACGGCUCCCGCGUGCGCCGAAACCGUCGUUUCCUGGUCGGUCAAUCCGGCAACGUCGACACCUCCGAAAUGGGCCGAAAAGUCGUCUCUUGGCCCGCUGAGGAAUUGGAGUUGGCCGACGAGGCGAAGAGUAUCGAUGAUGAGAGCCAGGCGGCGUGGUUUGCGCAGGAGGGUGAGUGCUGGAUGAUUGAUAUCGCUUUCUCGAGUGCGGAGAAGGGAAAGAGUGUCGUACGGAGACAUGCGGAUUUGAAGGCGACGGUGUAUACGAGGGAUGUCUCUAUGGUGUAUAACUUGAAGUUGAAGGCUGCGAGGGAUGUGUUUGCGUGUUUGCAGGCGACACAGUCUGUGUUCCCAUUCACCUUCCGGGAUUUGAUGGCGACUACGGAGUUGGGUGAGGCGAGGACGAAGAUGGGCGUUCAGGAGCUCGUUACUCACCAGCUCCUCGUCCCGCAGGAGGUUAUGGUCGAGAAGUCCCAGAAGGUUGUGGUGAGCCGUGCGCAGACCACGGUUUUGGUGGUCAAGGAGGGUGAGGUAUUGAGAUUGACUGGUGGAAGCGGAUGCACGACUCCGUGGGUCAAGAGUGAGUUUGACUUGGGCACGGGUAUCGCGGCACGGGUGCUCAAGGAGACGAACGUCAAGAUCAAGGAGGUCGGUGAGGCGAAAAUCCACCAGGAAUCCGGUGCGAUGGAGGAGUAAACUCGCACCCACCGGAGAGCAUAUAUCACGAAGACCAUAGAGAAUAUCAUGCAUUAUAUUGAUCGAGUCGAGGUAUCAUUAUCGUAACAGUCCUCAUGCUUGCUCUUUCUCUUCCAUCCUUG